UUUUGUCCUGAAAGCAGCUGUGUAAGCCAUGUGGCUCUACCUGGUGGCACUGGUGGGCCUCUGGAAGCUCCUGCGCUUGUUCAGGGAGAGGAAGAUGGUGAGCCAUCUCCAGGACAAGUAUGUCUUCAUCACGGGCUGUGACUCGGGCUUUGGGAACCUGCUGGCCAGACAGCUGGACAGGAGAGGCAUGAGGGUCCUGGCCGCGUGUCUGACGGAGGAGGGAGCCGAGCAGCUGAGGAGCAAGACAUCUGACAGGCUGGAGACUGUGAUCCUGGAUGUCACCAAGACAGAGAGCAUUGUGGCAGCCACUCAGUGGGUGCAGGAGCGCGUUGGGAGCAGAGGACUCUGGGGCCUGGUCAACAAUGCUGGCAUCGCCGUCCCCUCAGGUCCCAAUGAGUGGAUGAACAAACAGGACUUUGCAAGUGUCCUGGAUGUGAACCUGCUGGGCAUGAUCGAUGUGACUCUGAAUAUGCUGCCCUUGGUGAGGAAGGCUAGGGGCCGUGUGGUCAACGUCUCCAGCGUCAUGGGCCGACUGUCUUUCUUUGGUGGUGGUUACUGCAUCUCCAAGUAUGGUGUAGAGGCCUUCUCAGACUCCCUCAGGAGGGAGCUCUCCUAUUUUGGGGUGAAGGUGGCUAUUAUAGAACCUGGAGGCUUCAAGACUUGUGUGACGAGUAGUGACAGGCUAUCAUCAAACACCAAGAUGACUUGGGACAAGGCCAGCUCAGAAGUCAAAAACAUCUAUGGCGAGAAGUUUUUAUCAUCCUAUCUGACAAGGCUAAACAUGCUGGAUCACACGUGCAGCUCUGACCUGUCUGUGGUGACAGACUGCAUGGAGCACGCUCUGACGUCCUGUCACCCUCGCACGCGAUACUCAGCUGGCUGGGAUGCCAAGUUCUUCUACCUCCCCAUGAGCUACCUGCCCACCUUCCUUGUGGAUGCCCUUGUCUACUGGACGGCUCCAAAGCCUGAGAAAGCCCUGUGAAGUCUUUACCUAUGUGCAUACCCAGGGAGAUGUGGGUACAGUGUGA